AUGACGAACUGCAUGACUAGGAUUCGAUUCCUACUAAAGUUCAGGGGGACAAGGGACGCACGGCCCGACAACAUGACCAUGGACCAGCGGCUGCCCCACGACCUGCUGCUCUCGGUUGCGGCGAACCUGGGCCCCGCUGCUCUUCUUGUGCUCUCCCAAGUCAGCCGCGCCUGCAAUGACGCUGCCAAUGCACCGCAACUUUGGCGCAAGCUCCUCGAAUGCGAGCUCAAGGCGCAAGCGCAUCUUUUCUUCGGCGGCACAUUGCCGCCACCGUCUGCCUCCGUGGGAUGGAAGCGUCAUUUUUUCGUGCUGCGCCGAUCAUGGAAGCAGCUUGCGCAGGAAAAGACCGGCCGUCUGCUCGUUCAGAUCGGCACGCAACAGCUGAGCAACCGCACGCCUCGGACGCCGACCUCCCUAUGGGGCGUAUUCGACGUGAUGACCAGUGGUGUCUGUAAGCCGACGACAUAUGACAUCUACGACGUCACUCGGUUUGUCGACCAACACCUCUGCAGCAGCUACUUCUUGAGAAAGUGCGCGGGACCUGCGGACGCGACCGCGCUGUUUGAGAUGGCGGGCCAUUCUGACGCGGCGAUCGGGCGACUGGCGAUGCUGCGCAACCUGAAGUACGACGAUGAGCUGGAGGAGCUGCACCGCGCCCGUCAGUGGCGCCAAUUUGCGAAAGCAACGGGCGAGGCUGCAGGGAGCCGGCGAGCGUGCUCUCCCACUCGACGCGGCUAUUUGCGACGGCAGCGCCAGGGCUCGCGGUGA